AUGUUGCGUUGAGUAUUUAGAUAUGUUAGAAUUUAUUUCAAUCUUGGUGAAUUCUGUCACAUAGUUACAGUACUUUUCUGAAUAGGUAAAAUACACUGUUCAACUAAAGUGCAGUGUUGCGUUGGUCACACCUCGAAGUUGAUUUUCCUUUCCUCUGCUCAACCAUCAUGGCAUCGCUUUUAACAGUGAACAAUAACUCACACAGUGAUUUGGUUGAUGAAACCAACAUAGGUGGAUCCAAAGUGUACCACUGUAACAGUGGCGAUUUGAUGGGAGGUCUUGGACUGGUGGUUCAAGCUGUACUGGCAUUCUUAGCAUUUACAUCACUUAUAGUGAAAAGAUACUGUGAGCCAAUUUAUGAAAGACGACCUUGGAAAAUAUGGUUCUUUGACACAUCUAAGCAAGGUUUUGGGGCUGCUGUCAUCCAUUUUGCUAAUGUGUUCCUAGCAGAUAUGUUUCAGGGAGAUCCAUGCACCUGGUAUUUUGUGAGCUUCAUACUGGAUUCUACAAUUGGUUUGUUUGUGAUUUACAUUGGUCUCAAGCUUACUCAAGUUAUUGUGCGGAGGCUGAAGUGGGAUUCACUAAAGUUUGGAGAAUAUGGGAAUCCCCCCGCCUGCAGCACCUGGGUAGGACAGUGUGCCCUGUAUAUCCUUGUGAUGAUCCUGGAGAAAAUUCUUAUGACACUUCUGAUCCAGUUUGACUUCUGGAAGAAGGUGAGGAAAUUUUUAAUGUCACCCAUUAAGGACCCCAAAGUAGAGCUGGUGAUUGUGAUGUUCAUAGUCCCACUAGUGGUUAAUGCUUUUAUAUUUUGGGUAGUAGACAACUUCCUGAAAAGAAAAAUUAAAGGUACGAAAACUAUAUAUGUCAGUGAUGUAGAGACAAGCGUAAAAUACAAUAGAAACAAAGAAGAGGCACGGUGCUACAACAGAAUAGAAAAAUCAGACGAUUACUUUGAAUCAGACUUGAUGGCUUCUACUGAUGAUGAACCAGAUCUGAGAUAUAGAAAUACGGACGGGACGGAAAAAUUACUAGCAUGAUGAAAAUAGAUUUAUUGAACAGUUUGAGGGCAAAUAAUUCUAUGGUUCAUCAUUCUUCACUUAAAAUAAGUAUAGUGAAUUGUUUUAUGUGAUAUGUGAUUGAUUUUUUAGUGUGUUAAAUUAAUGUUCUUUUCACAAAGAUAUUUAAGGGGUUCAUUGUUUUUUGAAGUAGAAUGGUGAUGUGAAAUUGAUAAUCUAGGGAAUAAGAUUUCCAAUGUAUUUAAAAUGAAAAGAUAUUUUUUUUCAUCUCUGGAAUUCUCCUGAAUUAAAUUUGUUUGUAUGUACACCAAAAUUUCAAAGCUACAUUUAAGACUUAAGUUCUGCUAAAUAACAACCCCCCUUCCACCCCUUUGAAUUAGGAGAAUUCUAUGCCUAGUCUCAGAAACACCGUAGCUAGCAUUAAAUUACCUCAGCGGUGUUUAUGGUCCAUUAUUUAAUUUGCCAAAAUUUCCCAAAAAGACUUCCCACUUAGCACUAGACAAUUUUUUGUAGUAUUUCAAAGUGCUUCAUUUUGCCAAAACAGUUCAUGAUUUGAUGGUGUCCUAGCUAUUUCAUUUGCCGGUGUUGAUUUUUGUUGUGAUUUUAAAUGAUUUAUGGACAGACAUAGUAUUGAGAUUUAUAUAGUGCCAUUCUUAUAUGUCUCUUCUUGAAAAUUUGUGCUCUUUCUUUGGAUUUUGUCAUGUAGAGAUUAGAGAGUGGUGUUUUUGCUAAAAUAAAUUAUUUCCUUCAAUUUUUGAGGGAAAAAUUAGACUUGAACAGAAGAUUUCUCAUCUUUAUAAGCGCAACCAUAUUACACUCAAAUUGAUCACACAUACAAAACAAACAUAUGUGUCUUGAAAUAUAAAAUCCAUUUUAGAAUUAUAGUUUCAAACUUGCCUUUCUGCCCUUUAGUUUAAAAGUGUAUUAAUUGUCUCUAUAAUUUGCUUAGCAUUUGCUCUUAUGGAUUCUGAUUAAUUCUAGUGAUGUAGUUUGUUGGGUCUUUUUAAUACAAAAUUUUAUUCACAAAUAAAAGUGAAUGGGAUUGGGCAGCAGUCAAAGCCUAUCUUAGCUCUCUCUCCAAGAGGAUGGAUGUACUAGUGAUAUAGUUUUGGUGGUGUGUUCAUUCUGUUAAUUUAUGUGUAUAUUUAGUAUGGAUUUAUGAAUUUGAUUGUGUGUACUUUAUGUAUUUUAUUGUUGAGUUUGAAUAUAAACUUAUCCUGUAAUUAUAAGUAUUUAUUGACCUUUCUCUAUGUGGAUGUACAUGUGAAAUUAUUCAUUUUUUUUU